AUGAGCCUCGCCGAAGCAGCUCCCAUCACCCGCGGUGACCCAUACGCCCCUGUCGAUGCCGCCGACGACCAGCGAUUAGGCGACUCGACACCUCGAGCUAGCGACUUCAUGACGGAGCCAGACAGCCAAACGGGAGACGCUAAGAAGGAUCCCAAGAGCAAGAAGCGUAGCUUCUUUGGUUUCGGCAAGAAAAAGACACCGUCUCUCACCAAAUCCGAGUCCCAGAACGAGUCCAAGCCCGAAUCCGAAUCCCAAUCUGAACCCAAGUCCCAGUCCCAGUCUCAGACUCCCUCACACUCAAACUCGGCCGCCGCGAGCCCGCCUUUGAUGUCCCGGGAUGCUUCGAAGCUCUCGUCGACAGCGUGGAGCGCGCCCAGCGACCAGGCCUUUGUCCUGCCUUCGUCUCCGGGCCGCGGCUUCAGCGGCUCUCCACGACUCUCCUCCCCUGCGACGUCACAGAUCUUUGAGCGUGAUGUCCAGGAUAGCACCGUACUGAAGCCGAACUCCCCGGCGAUCCCGACACAUAUCCAGACCGAAAACUACAUCCCCCCCGUGCUCGACGACGCAUCCGAGGCCAUCACGAAUGAGAAGCUUGACCCUGACACGGUGGAGAUUGUGACGCACAGCUCGCAUCAACCCGCCGCCGUGACGGUUACGGGGGCCAACAACGGCCUUCCAUUGUACGACCAGUCGGCCAGUGAGUGGGCAGCAGAGCUCGCUUCCUUUGCCGAUCGAGAUGCUGUCUCGGCCGACAACGCCUCCAACUACGGGUCUCUCGACUCCUCCGACGUCCGCCGAUUAUCCUUCAUCUCGUUUGCCGAUGUUGUACAGGCCGAGCACAACCCUCCCGCGGGCGUUGCGAGCUCCCGUGACAGCAUCCACCUCGCAGGGCUCACGUCUCUGCCAGCAGCGGUCAACCGAUCUCCCUCGCCCAUCCGAUCCCCAGUAUCGAGCCAGGGACCCGAGAGCCCUCCCACAAGCAACCCUGGUAGUAUGAAGGGUAUUGAGUUGAGCCCGCCUCGCAAGCCUCUGGGAAGUCCCACCAGCACGGCCAACCUCAAGCUCAGUGUUGGUGGAAACGACCUCAACAUCGAGACCAUGAGCCAAGCUCUCCGACGGACGGGUAGCACCGAUCUGAGCAAUGUCCGCAGCCAUCCCACAAGCCCGAUCGAGGGAUCCAACCUUCGUUAAGGGUGAUAUGAGAUGGAGAAGAUUAGGGGAGACGAGAUGAUAUCCACACAGCAGCUGCAACACUUUUACUAUUUGGUGAUUUCACUUCACAUUAUUCACUUCAACCACGAUACCCCACGGGGAUCAUCAUUUUGAUAGGGAUCGAUCGAGCACCGGGGACUCUGGAAUCUGGCAAUUGGGAGUUGGAAGAGAAAGUUCGUUAGGCGUCGAAAUACUCUACGCGCACUACCGGGAUUACGCACAUGUUAUACUUUUCUUGGUCUUUGUUUGUGCUUUGCUAUCAUGGAAACUGCAAAUAUUCUGCAGAUGAAAGGUGAUGGUUCAAGGUCCAAUCAAUUCGUCAAUUUACUUUUACGUCUUUAUUCCUCCGAAAGCGGUCUCGUCAGGGAGACUGUGAUGGCAGUGAGGUAACGGCCGACUUUUCUUUGCGUUACCUCGAUUGCAGUUCAUAGCAAAGGAGUGGAAAGGGGGAAUGGUGACGGUGGUGGACAGACGCAUGUUGCACAUGUAUCCAAUAUCAUAUUUGGCACGCCAACAAGGGAUUUCCCUCGUC